AUGUCUGUUGUCAAGGAUGGAUGCGUAGUGAGAGCGCGGCCCACGGCAGAGCUCUCACGCUUGGUUGAGCUAGCUGCAAGUGAUAUUCGGAACGAGAUGUCCAAUUCACAAGGGGAGCUUAUAUCCAAGCUGCGGUAUACGCAAAGCUGCAGAGAUGUCCAAAGGGAAUUCACGGAUUCUUACCAGAACACGAUCCGACCCGAGUCUGUCACAGCAACGAUCUUCCACCCACAUAAUAUACAGACUCGGUGGAUCCCUGAAGUCUUCCUCCUAAAAGACGGCGCGUUCGAAAUUCCUAGACAUUCUGUCGCUGUUGCCAUACCUCUAAUCAACGAUGGACAUCCGACCAUAGAGUACCACGACUACAAAGAUGGGAGUAUAUCUCAAAUCGAGUGGACGGUAGGGUCUGUGAUAUUCCUAGUUGGAGAUGCAUCAGUGGCGUUGGAUGGACCUGGAGCAACAGGAUUCAUUCUUUUAUUAUUCGGUCUACGCCAAAAUGCAUGA